AAGGAAACUGCCGACGGCCACCCGACUUUUCUGCGAUAAUUGGUAUUUUUAUUUAUCCACUAUCCGGCAUUAUGAAACGGCAUCGAACAAUCACUUCGACGAAACCAACGGGUGUCCCUGCCACCAACACACGACCCGUUCUCCGAUCCUCCACUCGUUUCAACCAGAUCGUGCCAACAUCCCCCGCAGCUCUGUCCUACAAAGAUCUGAUCAAGGUGGUCGGCGUGGAUCCGGAGUCGAAUCCUUUGUACUGGCGCAAAGCGAUCGAUCACUCGGCGGAGACUGUGGUCUUCUUCCAAGUGGAUCUGCGCGGCACACUGCCCCGCAUGUGCAAGAGCGUGCGCAUCUGCCACGAGGCCGGGGACAGGCAGCGGCUGAUCCCGCGCAUGUAUAUCGGGGAGACGCUGCUCAGUGGAGAUUAUGUGAAGACAAUCAUCGGCAAGCGAUAUCUGGCUGACGAGGACGAUCUCAUGAAGCUACUGGAGCACGCGGGAGUGUUGAAGGAGAGCGAGGAGCCGGUUGUGGAACAACAGGAUGAGGAGAACAAUGAUGAUAACGUCUGGUGUGGCGCGGAAAGCGAAGAUGGCGCUGCUAGUCCGCAGCCUAUACCAAAGCGAGCAAAAUUUGGCGAGAAAAUGCAACCACAACCUGGACCAACCGCAUGGACCAUGUAAGAAGAGGCCGGAUGUGAUCACCCUCAUUCCGUGGAAGCGCGGAAAACCGCUGGCAUUGGAUGUUACUUGC